AUGGCGAACCUCUUCGACACGGAGUACACACCUAUUGAGGGUGUUCAUAUUCUCAGUGACUCCAGCUACAGGAAGCACGUUCGAAAGUUGCCCGUGCUCACAUGUGAGACCUGCAAAAAGCGAAAUGGGGAGAAAGGGGUUGAAGUUAAAAGAUGCCAAGGGUGCUGGUCCGUCGGAUUCUGCUCGAAGGAGUGCCAACGAUCCCUUUGGCCCAUACACAAAGAAAAUUGUCGAACCUUGCAGUCGGUGCUUGACCUGGAGGAACUCGCUCGGCACUUUUAUUCUGAACCGUUCCUUCUCCACUAUCUGAGGGUUGCACUCAUCUUGAAACUCGGCCUCUUAUCACCUUCGUACUUGCCCCCUGCAGAUCGUUUCCCAUCCAUCAUCGUCCAUUUACACAUGCACCCGACCUCCCAGGAACACGAAAUGGGCAUCUAUUCAGGCAAAAUCGACGCGUUGGGCAAGGAAAAAAUCCCUGGACAUCUCACCGUAGGAAUCAGCAACGAGCCUGAACACGCCAUGAUGGUUCGGUCCUUCAAAGAGGCCAGAAAGGAGGCAGACGCCCACGGCCGAAGCACCAACCCAAUAGUGAUGGUGGAUUUCGGGUACAACAGGGAGCUCAUUAACGUCGGGAUUGAGAUAACUCCCGACGCUUUUGAUACUGCACGGGGAAAUCCUCCUCCACACGCUGUGAUCCCUGCACCACUCCCCCCGCUAUCUUUUCCUCUUGACGUACACGCUGUGUUGGGACUGGCUGGGAAGUACAUCAAGCUCGAUCAAGACGACAAAUUAAAACUUUGCCGAGAUUUGCGUACAAUUGACAAAGUCUUUAUGUAUCGCAAAGCUCAGUAUCUCGUACAUGGAAAGGGGCCAUCGUUCGACGCGGAGAGCACGGUCAAGCAAGAAAGUGGAGAUUUGGGAGGGAUGUUAGAGCCCAGAAAUCCGGAAGAAGAGAAACGGCAGCCAAAAGCGCUUCAAACACUUUCUAGGCAGUUCCGUCAUCUCUGA